CCACCCUGGGGGGACAGGUGUCGUGAGGAGCUUGCCUGAGGGACAACAGCAUCGGAGGGACAACAAAGGGGCAACACCCCCAGGACAGAGGCGAACACGGUGGAGGCAAUUUUCCAACAUGAAUCUGGUAGCAGAUCUUCUCUACUUGUAUGCUUGCCUUACCGUGGUGACUUGUGACCGGGUCUACGUCCACCCUUUCAAUUUGUAUUGUUUCAAAGAGAGUGAGUGUGACAAGCUGGAAAAAUUGGUUCAGGAGGGAAAGACUAUUGUCCCUGUCUCCAUUGAAUCCCAAACCACACCCAAAUAUGAAGCUGGCAUGAAUGACAACAAGUUGGAAGCCCCAAGCCUCAGCACCUGGGGGAAGGAGGAACGGAGCUACUUGAGUGACUUGGUGUAUGUCCUGGGCAUGCGGUUUUACAGUGUGCUGCAGAAAGCACAGAGGAGCCAAAACGUGCUCCUGUCCCCAACCAGCCUCUACAGCUCCUUGGCGUCAUUCUACCUGGGGGCCUCAAACCAGACAGCACUUGAUUUGCAGGGUUUGCUGGGAUUUGUUCCCCCCUCUGGAAAUCCUGACUGCACUUCCAUGGCAGUCGGAAGCAAUUUCCUUUCCAGCCUGAGGACAAUUGAAAGGCUUGUGAAGAGUGGGGACAAGGAGCUGCUCUUUUCCAAGACACUGUGCUUGUUCUCUGCCCCUGGCAUACCCCUCUUCCAGCUGUUCAUGGAGCACUUGCUCCCCAGCGCUGAUGCAUUCUACGCCCGAGCUGUUGACUUUGCAAAUCCAGGCGAGGCAGCAAAACAAAUAAAUGCCUUUGUGGAGGCCAAAAGCGAGGGACAGAGCAAGGCCUUACUGGCAGACAUCAACCCAUCCACCCAGCUGCUGUUUGCAGAGGACAUCCACUUGGCAGUGAAUGUUAAGCAAGCCUUCCUGCUCAAAGAGCCUCAGGAAUUCUGGGUGGAUUCAAACACAAAGGUCUUGGUUCCUAUGUUGUCUAUCACGGGGAAGUUCAAGUACAAAACUGAUGCCAGUGGGACUUUUUCCAUGGUGGAAAUCCCCAUCAGCAAGACGGCGCUGCUGGUGCUGUUGCAGCCCAUCAAUGGCAGCGACCUGGAGAGCGUGGAGUCCAAGCUGACGUGGCAGUCCUCAGCCUGGCUCCAGUGGCUGUCCCCAAGAGAAAUUAAAUUAGUGCUGCCAGCAUUAACACUAGAAGACAGCUCUGAUCUACAGGAGCUUCUUGCAGAUAUGGAACUGCCUGAACUGCUGGGGAAGGGGGCAGAUUUCAGUAAGAUAAGCAAUGCCAGUCUGACAGUUGGAAAGGUAAUAAAUAAAACCUUUUUCAAAUUGGCCAGUGAUGGAACAGAUCAGCCAGAAGACCCUGCAGCACAGAAAGAAGAUGGGGCAUACCUGGAUGUAACACUGAAUAAGCCAUUCCUUUUUACUGUUUUUGAAAAGCAGUCAAGGGCAAUGCUUUUUCUUGGCAGAGUAGUACACCCUCUGUAUGAGGAUUAAAUGCAAACAUGGAGGAUAAGAAAGGAGUGGAAUGAUGCACAUUUCCCAUCACCUUUUUCUUAUUCAUCAGAUAUUUUUGUGAUGCUGUUGAGUGCUCUACUUAGCUUUGAGAUGAAGCAGUUAAAUGUUCAAAAUACAGCUUUUCGAAAGCUAACACCUUGCAA